AGCCCGAAAAGGCCAUCGAGUGGCAUAUAUCCCAGGAUUCUGCACGGCGCCGUUCUUCCUGUCCGGCCGCCAUCGGAGUGCUGUAGCCAUGGCCGUGCGCUACCCAAUGGCCGUGGGCCUCAACAAGGGCCACAAGGUGACGAAGAACGUCAGCAAGGCGAGACACAGCCGGCGCCGCGGGCGCCUCACAAAGCACACCAAGUUCGUGCGGGACAUGAUCCGGGAAGUGUGCGGCUUCGCGCCCUACGAGCGGCGCGCCAUGGAGUUGCUCAAAGUGUCCAAGGACAAGCGGGCACUCAAGUUCAUCAAGAAGAGGGUGGGCACACACAUCCGAGCCAAGAGAAAGCGGGAGGAGCUGAGCAACGUGCUGGCAGCCAUGAGGAAGGCGGCGGCCAAGAAGGAUUGAUGAACCCUCCCCCAAUAAAAGAGCGUUCCUACA